AUGUCGGCCGGAAAGAAGCACGCCCGCGACGGCGAGGAUCAGGGCGCCCGCCUGGUCAAGAAGGCAAAGACUGCGGACACACAGACCGACAGCGACCCCGCCGCGCUGAAGACCGACAAGAAAAAGAAGGACAAGAAGGAUAAGAAGGAAAGGAAGGAGAAAAAAGAGAAGAAGUCAAAGAAGGAAGACGCCGAGGAAGAUUCUGAGGAACUGCAGAACGGCGACAGCGCCGCAGUCGAUUCUGAGCCCAAGCCCGAGAAGGAGAAGAAGGAGAAGAACAACAAGAAGGAUAAAAAGGACAAAAAAGACAAAAAGGACAAAUUGAAGUCGUCUGGCGCGCCAACUACGAACGGCAUUGCCCAGGAUGGCGAGGCCAAUGCCGCCACCACGACCCCGAACGGUUCAGCCCAGCGUAAUGGCGCCGCCUACUCAUAUCAGCAAACCAAAACCCUUGAUGCGAUACCCGAAGACGAGAUCAAGGAGUUCCUGGCGAAGCAGGAAAUUGCGAUUGCUGACCCAUUAGGCGCGAACCUCCGCCCCAUCAUUCAUUUCUCGCACCUGCCGACGUCGACCCUGACAUCCAAGAAACCGUUCGCGUCGUUUACCGCGCCCACACCGAUUCAGGCCGCCUCAUGGCCCUUUGCGCUUUCUGGCCGCGACGUGAUUGGAAUCGCUGAGACAGGGUCAGGCAAGACGAUGGCCUUUGCUGUUCCUUGCAUCGAGUCCCUCGCGUCCAGCCCGAAGCCGAACCACGCUAAAGGCGACCGGACGGCCUAUGCCCGCGCCGUGGUUGUAUCGCCGACGCGCGAGUUGGCCAUGCAAACCCACGCUGCCAUGUCAUCGCUGGCCUCGCUGGUCGGGUUGUCGGUCGUGUGCCUCUACGGUGGCGCGCCCAAGGACGACCAGCGCGCAUUGCUGCGCAAGAACAGCGGAGCCGACAUCAUCGUCGCGACCCCCGGUCGCCUGAAGGACUUUCUUUCCGAGGGCUGCGUGUCACUCUCUGAUGUUAUGUUCGCCGUCCUUGAUGAAGCCGACCGCAUGCUCGACAAAGGAUUCGAGGAGGACAUCAAACUCAUUCUCGGCAGCUGCCGCCCGCGCGAGAAGCGGCAGACGCUCAUGUUUACCGCGACUUGGCCGACCAGCGUGCGCGGCCUGGCCGAGGGCUUCAUGAUCGACCCGGUCAAGGCGACCAUCGGCAACCGCACCCGUGCUGGUGAGGAAGGCGAGGGUAACGGAUCGACCGAGCUGCAGGCCAACAUCCGCAUUGAGCAGAAGGUUGAGGUUGUUGACCCUCGUGGCAAAGAACAACGGCUCCUGGAAUUGCUCAAAGAGGCACAGAAGGGGAGCGCCAAGAACGACAGGAUCUUGGUCUUCUGCCUGUACAAGAAGGAAGCUGUUCGUGUGGAGCAGAACCUCGAGAGAAGGGGCAUCCGUGUUUGCAGCAUUCACGGCGAUUUGCGCCAAGACCAACGGACGCGCAGUCUCGAGUCGUUCAAAGCUGGCACGACAAGCGUUCUAGUGGCGACUGAUGUGGCGGCCCGCGGUCUGGAUAUUCCGGAGGUCAAGCUCGUUAUCAAUGUCACGUUCCCCCUGACCAUUGAGGAUUAUGUUCACCGCAUCGGGCGGACAGGGCGCGCCGGCAAGAAGGGCAAAGCCAUCACUCUUUUCACUGAGCACGACAAGUCGCAUUCUGGCUCGUAA